AUGAGGUUUGAAAAAAAGGUUAAGUUGGCUCCUAGGUUCAUUGGACCUUUUCCUAUAACUAAUAAGAUUGUAAACGUGGCAUACCAAUUAGAGUUACCACAACAGCUGUCCAUGGUGCACAAUGUAUUUCAUGUUUCAAUGUUAGGUACACACUUAAGGGAUGAAGAGCGAUCUCAACAAGAAGAUCUUACUGAGUUGGUUGUGAAACCAGAUGCCGCCUUUGAAAACAAUCCAAUUCGUAUCGUAGAGCGACAAGUAAUAAAACUACGAUCUCGGGCAUUACCAUUUGUCAAAGUGCAAUGGAAUCCACAGAACGAGCGAGAGGCCACUUGGGAGAGUGAGGAUGUUAUCCAUCGUUCUCACCCGCAUCUUUUUAAUAAUGAGGAAAAAGGAAAACUUUCAGAUGACCUGGCUCUGCACAGAUCUUAUAUUCAGUGCAAUAAGAUCCUCAUUAUGAAAAGGGUGUUAAUACGUUACACUCGGUUUGGACCACUCGAUGUGGUUUCACCGGCUAUUUAG